AUGGAUUUGAAUGGUAAUUCGUAUGUCAGUUCUUCCUCUAAAUCAAAAAAGAGCCACAGGCAAAAGCAGCAGCAACAACAGCCACAACCACAACAUAACGAAGAAAUAAAGUAUGUAGGAGUGAGACGAAGGCCGUGGGGAAGAUACGCAGCUGAAAUAAGAAACCCUACUACAAAAGAGAGGUACUGGCUAGGUACUUUUGAUACGGCCGAGGAAGCUGCAUUGGCCUAUGAUAGAGCUGCACGGUCCAUAAGAGGGUUGACUGCUCGGACCAACUUUGUCUACUCCGAUAUGCCUCGUGGCUCCUCAGUAACUUCCUUCAUCUCUCCUGACGAAUCCCAACGUUUCAUUUCCGAGUUAUUCAACCAUACAAGCUUACUAGAAGCUUCUAACAACAACAACAACAAUAUUUAUUCAUCGACCACCAAUAGCCAAAACUCUAGUGAAUUGUCAUACAAUGGGUGGCCGCAGGAGUUUUCUGAAUGUGGUUAUCAAUCUAUUAACACGAAUGAUGAGCAUUGUGAUCAUGAGCUUCCACCUCUUCCUCCAAGUACUUGUUUUGGAGCUGAACUUAUGAUUCCUGAGACCGAUAGCUAUUGGAAUGCUGUGCAUGCUAGCAUGGAUACGUUUUCCUUUGAGCUCGAUGGCUUUGUGGGUCAAAACAGUCUUGGCGAGAGUGGAACAAAAGGGUUUGACUCUUCAACCUCCACAUUCUUCUACUAAAAAUAGUGAGCGCUGUCGUCCAAGUUUGCGACUUUCUUCUUUGAUAUUAAUCCACUAUUGAUUUUGAUCACAAUCCUUUUCGCCUCUACUAUGGAGUGGAAACGACAGAUAUCAAGUGUGUCUCUCUCCCUACCCUCUUGUAGCUUUUUACGUUUCUCUGAAAAUUCAGCGUAUAUUGUUUGUUAUUGUGACUUAUCAAAUGCAAGAUUUUCUUGAUCAUUUAAUUGUUCCUGUAACGCCUUACUGUUUGUGAA